AUGAGCAAACCUCGAGGAAGAAAUGGAGGUAGGAAGCCAUCUAGCUCUCCUCCAAAAGAUAAAAGAACUGCGCAGUUACGAAAAUCACAGAAAACAUACAGAGAAAGGAGAAUAAACCGCUUGAGAGAACUAGAAUACAAGGAAAAGUUACUGGAACAGACACUUUCUGACCUAAGCGAAGUAACAAAAAGAAAUAACGUGUUGAAUGCCAUGCUUCAAAGCUCACUUUCAAAGACUCCUGCGUGCCAUAUAUCAAGCUUCGGUGUGGAAAGACCUAAUAUACCAGGUUAUACUUUAACGAAAGAACUUUGUAACCUUCAACAUUCGCAAGUUAAACACUACACUUCUCAGGAUUACAGACAGCUCUAUAAUACUAUAACCGAGGAUUUGUAUUCUCUAUGUGAAGGAAAGGAUUGUGGACCCUUUUGUCGAACCUCUUCCAUAACGCCAUCAACCACCACUUUGGACAUUAUGAAUGAUACUAACACUUUUUAUAGCACUGAGUGCUCCCCAUCAUACGGUUUUGAUAAUAAUUUAAUAGAGUCAUUUGAUUUAUUUGACUUUAUAGAGAACUUGCAAAACCCAGUUUCACCUCAAUCCCGAAACUGUCCUGCGUCCUCACCAAAGCUUGCAACAAAUCAUUACGUGGCAAAGUCCGAAGAUUCCUAUAUUAGUGGGCUCCUAUCAACAAGCGUUCUCCUACCUGGUGCCGAUAUUUGUUAUUUUGUUUUAUCAUUUCGACAAACUCAUUUCUUUGAUCUCUCAGAGAUGCUAUUGAAAUUAAAGAAGGAGGCAGUUUGCAUCAACCAUGAUGUAGUGAUUAGUUUAGACGCAUUGGUGCGGUUGAUAACUAGCUGCUUUGUUUAA